UCUGAACACAACUCUAAAAGGACAAAAAGCCAACUGCCUUAUCUCAAAUCUCAGCCUUUUGUCUCUUUCUUAUAUAUUACCGAAUUCAACAAUUUAUGAAAUUUGACAAACCUACAAAAACCACAUAAACUUUUUCCCGCAAUUUGACAAGAACCCCACCAAGAAUUCGAGCUUAUAUAUCACACACAAUAUUAAACAUUUGAUACAAAAGACAUAAACAAGCUUCUCCCUCCAUGGCUUUGCUCACCUCUCCACCGUCCAAGCCCAAAGCCCACAUUUUUGUUCCUCUCAGCCGCUCAAGUCACCAGCAUAGAGGGAAUGUAGCUUCUCUCCGGCCAGUACCCCAGCUUUCUAUUUUUCCAAAGUUUGGUACAAUUAACGAGUCAAAGCCUGAAAAACUAUUGAGAAAUACAAAACUUUUAAGGAAUUUUCAUGUCAAUAAUGAUAGAAGAAUACCAGUUUCUAAUGCAGCAUUUACUGAGGGUGCAGAGCCAGCAAAUGGGAAGAGAAUUAUAUUGUCGGACGUGGUGGUGAAGCGUCCAAGGAGAGUUUUUUCUGGGAGGAAAUGGAAUUCUAUGGAUAUGAGCACUGCUGGUGUUGUUUUGGCAAUGCAUUUGCUUAGUCUUUUUGCGCCGUUUCAUUGUAAUUGGGCUGCGUUUUGGGUGGCGAUCGCGCUGUACAUCGUGACAGGUCUAUUUGGUAUCACUCUGUCAUUUCAUAGGAAUCUUUCUCAUCGCAGUUUUAAGCUCCCCAAAUCGCUUGAGUACUUGUUUGCUUACUGUGGAGCUCUUGCUCUUCAGGGGAAUCCAAUUGAUUGGGUGAGCACACAUAGGUACCACCAUCAGUUUUGUGAUUCUGAGAGAGACCCACAUAGCCCAACUGAAGGUUUCUGGUUUAGUCACAUGAGUUGGCUAUUUGAUACCAAUUCUGUAGCUCAAAGGUGUGGGGGUCCAACCAAUGUUUCAGAAUUAGAAAAGCAGACUUUCUACAAGUUCCUUCAGAGUACUUACAUUGUUCACCCAAUUGCACUUGGAACUCUGCUAUAUGCAUUUGGAGGAUUUCCUUUCCUGGUGUGGGGAAUGGGUGUGAGGGUCAUAUGGGUGUAUCAUAUUACUUGGCUAGUUAACUCGGCUUGCCAUGUUUGGGGGAUGCAGGCAUGGAAGACUGGUGAUUUGUCCAGGAACAAUUGGUGGGUGGCGUUGCUAGCAUUUGGCGAAGGUUGGCACAACAAUCACCAUGCUUUUGAGUACUCAGCAAGGCAUGGCUUAGAGUGGUGGCAACUUGACAUGACUUGGUAUGUGGUGAGGCUUCUCCAGGCCCUCGGAUUGGCUACUGAAGUGAAACUACCUACUGAAACUCAGAAGCAAAGAAUGGCUCUCAACAACUAAUAUUAUAGAAUAGUAAAAAAUUGAAAUAUAUAUGGUUAACUAUAUAACAGCUUGAGAGUUUGCUUAUCUCUCUCAACAAAUUAUAGAGCCUUGUUCUCUAUUUUUAUCUGUACUGAUAAAGAGGGUAUGCGGCGGAUAAGAGAAAUCGCUGUACAAAGUUUGGUUGUGGCUUAGUCUUUCAUACUAGUGUGAAUAUGGUCCUUCCUUGGUCUCAAGCGUUAAGGAAGGUGGUCCUUAUCUGGAUACAAAAUAUCAAAGAUUUGAAGAAAAACUGUUUGAAAUAUACAUAUUUGAGAAGGGGUUUAAGCAAACAACAUAAGAAUGCAUUUAAUA